UUGAACGCGAGACGUCAGUGUUGUAAGUGUUGCUGUUCUUGUUCGUGCCGUCCUUUAACCUAACCUGUUGAGCAUCUUUCUGCGUGUCUUCCAAAUCACUUCUGGUAUUUUAACGGAUUUAUUUUCUCGAAACAGAAGUUGCUGGAAAGAAAAAAGCUACGAAGAUGGGCUGCGGAAUAGGAAUGAUAAAAUACCUGCUUUUCAUAUUUAACUUCAUCUUUGCGAUAUGUGGAUUGGCUAUUUUAACUCUCGGCGUUAUUGUACAUCUGCAAGUAUCAGAAAUAACCGAUCACAUUGAUACCAAUCUUUUAUUCCCAUCGAUAACGUUGAUCGUUAUCGGCAGCAUAAUCUUCAUAAUAUCAUUUUUCGGAUGCUGUGGCGCCAUCCGGGAGAGUCAUUGCAUGACAAUUACCUUCGCAUCGUUCCUUUUGUUCAUCUUGAUCGUGCAAGUGGCAGUUGCUGUUUAUGUGUUUGUUGUUGUUAAAAACAACGAUGACAAGAUUAACAUCACAGAGAGCUACGACAAACUAUUUAACAAUUACAGUGUGGACAAAGACAGCAGAGAAGUGGUUGAUCUUGUGCAGAGUAGCUUGCAUUGCUGUGGUGUCCAUUCUUCGAAAGAUUUCAAUCUCCACAACCUCCCUAUUCCGCCAAGUUGCUGUGGCUUAGCAGAAGGGCAAACCUGCCCUUUAAAUGAUGUGUAUAAGGUAGGCUGUGUGAAUGAACUAAAGGAUGCGAUCUCCAAAGCUGGAACUAUACUUGGCAGUUUAGCUAUUGCUAUUGCCGGUGUUGAGUUGAUCGGAAUCAUAUUCGCACUUUGCUUGGCAAAUUCUAUACGGAACGCUGAACGCAGGGGCUACAGAGUGUAAGAGUUCAAAGAUAAAUGAAAGAAAUAUAUAUUAAAAACGAAAAGUAAUAUAAUUGGUAACACUACCAUUAAUAAUUUGAUCUUAAGUGACAGAAGUGCAGUUAUUCUAUGAAAACAAAUUUAAAUAUUUUUUUAAAUGGUAGAUCAAUGAAAACAAAGACAGGAAAAGUGCCUGUUUUUCUAAGUUGAAGCACGAUUUUUGUUUAAAUUUUGACCUUGGUAUGUAAUAUGAAAUGUGUAAACAUGUUAUUUAAUAUAUUUUUAAUUUUGGUACAUUUCUGUUAAAUUGGAUAUAUUUUUUUUAUGUGCGACAAAUAAAAUAAUUGUAAUAAUGAUAACCUGUCCUUAAUAAUAAUAAUUGGUGCAAAACGUUUCUAGAGAUUCGAUACAUUUCAUGUCUAUUCUUGUUUGCAUAACUUUUGUAUACAUUCACAUAUAUAUAAUAUAAUAUAACGUCUUUUGCACACAAUUAACAAAAAUUGUUAUUGAUGCACCAGAAUAUCAGAUCAUUUUUUAUAAUAUAAAAUUAAACAUUACGGAAUAUUCUGGUAAAACAAUAAGUUAAGUCACAUUGCAUUAUGUAGUUCUGCGACUAUCAUAGGAAAAUAUUUUUAUAAUGAUAUUUUAAAAAAUACAUAUGUAUUACACAGUGCUUUCAGAUGCUUUUAUAAAAUACUGUUUAUAUUGUUAUUUGUACAGCACACAUUCACUAUGUUUUUCAGAGGAUGUCGAAAUAUAUACUAUUUCUUGUAAUAAAAUUUAUUUGAUCCAAA